AUGUUGAACACUUUUUAUCUUUUAUUAUGUUGUUUUGUGCUCUCGUGCAUUGCCUUUCGAUGUGAUAAUCCACCACAAAAACGUGGUGAUAUUGGAACUCUAAAAAAAUGGCCUGAUAAUACUAUACCUUAUGAGAUCGACAGUGUAUACAGUUCAGCUGAUGUUGACUUGAUUAAGAGUAGUCUUGCAGACCUCAGUGCAAAAUCAGGCAAUUGUGUGAAAUUUGUUCCUCGUACAAGUGAACAUGUUGCUUGGAUACGUGUGCAGAGUUUGGAUGGAUGCUGGUCUAGAACUGGUCUAGUAGUGGAAAGUGGUGUUCAGGAGUUAUCACUUGAUAGAAGCGGUUGCUUGACAGCAGAUACAAUUCAACAUGAAUUUCUUCAUGCUCUUGGCUUCCCUCAUGAACAAAAACGUCUUGAUAGAGAUACUUAUGUAAAAAUUCUUUAUGAAAAUGUAGAACCAAAAAAAAAGCACAACUUUGAUAAAGAUCCUCAAGGUUCCAUUCUGAGUUUUGGAUUACCGUAUGAUUUUAAUUCCAUUAUGCACUAUACCUCGGACAGCUUUUCUACAAAUGGUUUACCUGUCAUGGUACCCGCUUCACAAAAUGAUAAAAGUUGGCGAUAUACAAUGGGUGCGGGAAACAAGUUGACCGAGACUGAUCUUUACAAAGUGAAGAAGGUAUAUGGUUGCAUUGCCUAG